GAGACCCCUUGGUCGCGCAUGGUAUCCACUCAUCAAUGGAAGUGGCCCCCCCGGGCACGUUGGCCAACUUCAAGUUCAAGUUCAAAUGUGUUGCUGCCGACAUGAUGAAGUGUGGCAGCCUGGCAGGGCGAAGAAUCCUCUAUUUCCCCCUUUGUGAUUGUACUUCCCGUGUGGUGAAUGCAGCGGAAUCGUAACCGUAACAUUGGCUUGCAGCUCAGGCCUCAGGCUCAGCAAGCUGCAUGCGCAUGCUGCAGCUCAGUCCCAGCCAGGCCAAGCCAAGGCAAGCCUUCUCCGGUACCAGCCGCAUCGGCAGCGCUACCGAGACCCUGCUCAGCUGGAGAAGCCGAGUGGAGAUUAAAUGAAUGAACCGCAAGCACAGGUGCGCAAAGUCCGGAAAAUUUAAGUUGGGUGUGGAUGUAUAAAUACUACAAUUAAGGCAACGAUGAAAAUACUCUCACCUCCACAGUAUUAGAGGAAAUUGCCUGUAAAUUUAGUUGGCAAAGUAGGCAGAUCAGCGCAGAAAUUCGGAUCAUGUAGGACGCCAUGUUCCCGAGUGUCCAUUAAUCACGUGACGUGUAAUUUAACGUUCAGUGAUUGGUCAACCCAUUAAAUCCGCCACGCCUCCGAGCAAAAUACAACAAAAGCAAUCCAUCGAUUUGCCUCGGUGGUUUAACUAUCAGUGUAAUAUUUACUUUGGAUCUUCAGUUGGUUACCUGCAACAUACCCGUCUGCGAAUACAAAUCCAUUGACUAUUAUCCCAUUUUUCAUGUUUUCUGCCGAUUGCUGCUGAAGUUCUAAAAGAAGAAGAAGUCAAGUCUACUCAAAGAUGGGGGAGAAGGAAGACUCAGAAAAGUACCUCAAACGAAGGAGAAUACGGGAACUUUUUCAGAGUCUAAUGGCUGGUCUCCUUUUCCACAAACCCGAGGACCACAUAGCUUUCCUGAUCGCAUGUCUUACAAAACUCCACGAAGACCCUCUCGCAGUCUUCAACAUCCGAUGGAACACUUUCAUCGAACACGGACCUGAAGGGGGCAGGAUGGCCGGUGUCGAGAUGGACGUUAGUCCCGAACAGAUCAACAUGCAGCUUCAGACUUUCCUAUCAGGAUCCGGAUUCCUAUAUUGACCAUUUUAUUUAAGAGAUGCGUACAUUUAUCCCGUUUCAAAUUACCGAAUCGUGAUGGAGUCAGACAGAGACAGCAUUCUCAAACGCGCGUUCUUGUUGAUCUACGAAGACUCGCUCGACAUAUUGUCCAAGAUUACGCCUUCUUUCUCGCUCUGCAUAUCAUGCAGGAUGCCAAGAUGACCUACCUCUAUCAUGUUUUUCUCUUGUGGUCAUGGCUGGAGUAAACGAAUUACCAACGUUAAGGCUGACAUAUCUUGAGAGCGUUUCAUCGACGUGCCUUCUGACAAGAUCUUCGAUCUGACGACAUCUUAUUCCUUGUUAAUUUUGAUUACUUGAGAAGCACAUGCGUCUGUUGUAACUAUGGCAACUGUCCGAUAAAACAUAAUUAUGACAACAUCCACGGAUUGCUCACCAGGAAAGUGUUUCAAACUUAACCAUGGGCUCUGAGAAGAGAGCAAUUAUAUUCUCAAAUGUCUGAAUUGCCAAAGCUGCCAAAAUCUUCAGUUGUUACUAGACAACAAUGAACAAUCUCUAUGUGUUUCACUUUGACUGUUUUAAUAUCUACCAGGGACAGAUUUUGGCAUCUAAUUUGGACAUUUUGUUCCUUCUAAUCUCGAUGUGUAAAUAGGUCAUUAACCAUCCUUCGAUCACCUCAUCAUAAAAUGAUUCCAAAUAUUUAUAUGGCUGAAUAAUGAAUUACCUUUAGGUGUAAAAAAAAAAUAUCACUUUUUUCACUUCUGUAUUAGGCCAGUCUGAAAAUCCAACUCGAUAGUGGGUGUUUUAUAAGAUUGAUUUCGUGCAAUCAGUACACUUAUUUUCAUUUAGCAUAAUUUAUUUAGAUAGUAGGCCUACUUUUUUCGACAUAGGAGGGAAAUUUAGCAUUUCUGUCAACUGUAUGUUUUCUCUGGCGAUUGAAUGUUAUUCCUUGAAACAUGUUCACUGAAAAUCAAUCAUUUUGGUGUCGGCUCAAGAUCUUCCGCCUCACGCUGACCAUAAUUACCAAAAACACAUCAAGAAAUUUCAGGUACAAGUACCAGGUGUAAUUUAAGGCCACAGUUCCGAAAUAUGUGACACUUUGUACUUGACCAUUUGUACUGAAAAACAUGAAUUAAUGUGUUUAGUAUAGCCUAUUCAACGGAAAACUAUUGACAUAACAUGCAAUAUGUGUGUGGUAUAUCUGCCAAAUAAUCGUCACUUUCGUCACUGGAAGAGUCGUUCAGAGAACUAAAGUUAACUGUGCUCAGAUUAUUUCAUUUUUUAUCAGCCAUACUUUAGGUUGGAAUUGUCGAUGUAUUAUGUGUGUUAAUUAGUGGCAUUAUCGUAAUUUUGUGUGUGCUCAAUAGUUGGCAAUGUACCUCACGUGAAUAUUUUGCAAUUAUAUCUUUUUCGUAAUAUCAGUUUGGCAUAAUUUUGCGUAAUGUAUUAUUUCAACUUAUUUAUGGAUUUCAUUCUCCUGUUGUGUAUGUUUGUUUGUUUGUUUUUUAUCAGGUCUUUGAUUAAGCAUGAAUGAAUAUUACUUGUACUCAAAGGCCGCGGAAUCCGCGGCUUGGUACUGCAUUGGGCUCCAUCCCCACCCCCCCCCCUUCAAUAAACGUGUACUUAUUAGGCCUACAAAAACGUUGAAAUGAACAUCUGAUUGUGAAAUUUGCUACAUAGUCCGGACUUUCAAAACCGUUCCGCGGCCCUAACUCUUACAAUAAAAUUAUUGUAAAAAUUGUUAAUGUCAUUUUCAUGUAUACUGUUACUACAGAGUAAAAGUGGGAAUAAUUGUUAUUAGGAGGAAUAGUAUAGUAGAAGAAGAAGAUGAAUUAAUAGUAGUAAUAGUAGUAGUAGUACUAGUAGUAGUAGUGGUAGUCAUGGUAGUAGUAGUCGUAGUAGUAGUAGUAGUAGCCAGUAGUAGUAGUAGUAGUAGUAGUAGUAGUAGCAGCAGCAGCAGCAGCAGCAGCAGCAGUAGUAGUAGUAGUAGUUGUAGUAGUAGUAGUAGUCAACAUUAAUUUGUAUAGCGCAGCUUUAAUAUAGAUAUAUUCAGCAGCGCUUGUUCGAAUUCAGAGCUCUUUUUACUUAUUUCUACAUGACAGCAAAUUUUCUUAACUAAAGAAAUAGUUUUUAAUUUUGAUUUGAAGAGAGUCAAGGAUGGAGAGCUUCUUAUGCCAAUUGGCAGGCUAUUCCAUAGUUUGAGGCAGUAGUAGUAUCCAAAUACGUAAAGAUUAAAAAAACUAAAAAAUGUAACCAUGGUAACUGAACUGUAAAAUAUAGGAUGGGUCCCCUGCAAUGAUUUAAUGUUACCUUACAGCCUUUGAGUUUGAAUCUAACAAAAUAAUCUAGCCAGUUCAAGAAAGCACUUUUUAUGGGGCUGUUUAUGUAAGUAAUUGUAACAAAUAUUUAUUUAAUUGAAUUUGAAUUACUGUCUUUAAUAGUGCCAAACAGGCUUGAAGUUCCUCUAUCAUGUUUGUGUGUUACAAGUAUCUGUACAACAAAAACCUCGGUAAUUAAUAUUAAUUUUUGAAUUGUCAUUAAAUUAGAAUUGAAAAUAA